CAGGCGCGGCCCAGCCGCUGAGCAGCAGGAGGCGCGAGGCGAUCGCGCAGCCUGGCGUCGGGGCGGGGGGCGCCGGCGGGCCCAGAGGCCGCUAUGAAGCCAAGCGGCGAGGAUAGGGCGGCGCGGGCCGGGGGCCCGUGGGAGGAGUGCUUCGAGGCGGCGGUGCAGCUCGCGCUGCGGGCAGGACAGAUCAUCAGAAAAGCACUUUCUGAGGAAAAACGUGUGUCAACGAAAACGUCGGCCGUGGACCUGGUGACAGAAACGGACCAGGCAGUGGAGGCCUUGAUCCUGUCCGAGCUGCAGGAGCGCUUCCCCUCGCACAGGUUCAUCGCAGAAGAGGCUGCGGCCGCCGGGGCUAAGUGUGUGCUCACCCCCAGCCCCACGUGGAUCGUCGACCCCAUUGACGGCACCUGCAACUUCGUGCACAGAUUCCCGACCGUGGCAGUGAGCAUCGGGUUUGCUGUGAACCAGGAGCUGGAGUUCGGGGUGAUCUACCACUGCACAGAGGAGCGGCUGUACACGGGCCAGAGGGGCCGUGGUGCCUUCUGCAAUGGCCAGCAGCUGCAGGUUUCCAGGGAGACAGACCUCUCCAAGGCCCUGGUCUUGACGGAAAUCGGUCCCAGGCGCGACCCCGCGACUCUGAAGCUGUUCCUGAGCAACAUGGAGAGGCUGCUUCGCACUGGGGCGCACGGCGUCCGAGUCAUUGGCAGCUCCACCUUGGCGCUCUGCCACCUGGCCUCAGGUGCUGCAGAUGCCUACUACCAGUUUGGCCUGCACUGCUGGGACCUGGCCGCUGCCACUGUGAUCAUCCGAGAAGCAGGCGGCAUCGUGAUGGACACGUCAGGCGGCCCCCUCGACCUCAUGGCUUGCAGAGUGGUUGCUGCGGGUACCCGGGAGAUGGCAACCCUCGUUGCUCAGGCCCUACAAACGAUUAACUAUGGGAGGGACGACGAGAGGUGAGGGGAGCAGACGACAAGGACACGCCCCAGGAGCUGGUGAGGUCCCCAAGGUCAAGUGUCUCUGUAUGAGGCCACAUCUCAGCCUCAGCGGGAACCUCUCUGUAAUAUCAGUAGCCUUGUUCAGGUCAGUCCAGUCCUUACUGGGCCGAGACCCAGCUCUCAUAGGACGCGUGUAUUGAUGAUGUAAAUCUCAGGUAAUAAGGCUUUAAAACUGCUGUUCAGGCAGACUUGUUCUCAGCGACAGCCCCAGGGCACUUCAGAAUGCAAUAAAUCAAACAAUGAUGCUC